AUGUUGGUCGGACUAGAAACGCACGUGCCCGAGCACCGUCCGCUGCUGCCGCUGCAUGCAAAGGGAGAGCGCCAACCGCAUGCGCUGCUUGGUAUCUCGUGCGUGGCGCUCUCGGCCGUGUGCUUCAGCCUCAUGUCAACUCUGGUCAAGUACAACACGUACACGAUGACGUCCAUGGAGGCGAUUUUCUGGCGAUCGAUUGUCGCCAUGGCUCUGAAUUACGUGUGCAUCUGGUACACUGGCAAGACGCUGUACGUUGCUGAACGAGACCGCGCCAUGCUCUUUUACCGCUGCUUGGCUGGAUUUUCGUCCAUCUCGUUCGCGUUCUACGCCUUGUCGCAAAUGGUGCUCGCGGACAGCAGUGUCAUUGUGUUCACGUCUCCUGUGUUCACCUUUUUUCUCGGAGCGUGUUUGCUGCACGAACGUAUUGACGCUCCUAGCUUUGCGUGUGCACUGCUGUCGUUUGGAGGUCUGCUAUGUGUGAUUCGACCGGGCUUUAUCUUUGGAUACGACCAUGCUACUGCUCGAACCGAUGGAUCGUGGAUUGCCGUCGGAUCGGCUUUGCUUGGUGCCAUCGGUCAGGCGUUCGUCUUUAUUACCGUGCGAAAGCUAAAGGGCAUACACUUUAUGGUCAUCGUGAACUACUUUAUGCUAUUCAGCAUGGUGGGAUCGCUUGCGUACAUACUGUUGGUGCAACGGGCACUCGUAGUGCCAUCGACUCUCAAUACCUGGUUGGCUGUCAUCGGUAGCGGUGUUCUCACGUUCGUUGGUCAGUUACUUCUGACGAAGGGCUUCCAGCUUGAGAAGGCAGGCAUUGCCUCGGUGAUGCGUUACUUAGACGUGGUCUGUAUUUUUCUCUGGGACUACUUGUUGCUUAACGAGAAGAUCAACUACUGGAGCAUCGUAGGUGCCGCUAUCAUCUGUGCAUGUGCUGCCGUGAUUGCACUGCGCAAGGUUCACUCGAGCUAG